AUGACGGUGUCAAGAACAGCCUGCGAACAGCUAAAAGAUGGGGCAUGCCCCGGACGACUUGCUAUUUCGGCGCAAGACUACCGAGGCAUAGAUCCAGAGUGGGUUCGGCUUUGGAAUGAUCAUGGCGGCUCCAUGGUGAGAGCCGAUGAAGUCAGUAUUGAAGAGUAUCGGAAAAGCCCGGGGAAAUACAGCUUCACUUAUCCGACAUGUGCUGGACCUGAAGUAUUCCAUAUUGAAGAUUGUAAGAUCCCUGUAACCAGGCCCUCUGGAAAGAUCACCGUUCGUGUCUACUCGCCUGAAGGUCCUGGACCGUUUCCCGUACAUCUCAACUUUCACGGAGGCGGUUGGGUUCUUGGUGGGCUUCAGAGCGAGGCUGCAUGGUGCCGACACAUGUGUAACAAAGCAAACAUAAAAAUCAUCGAUGUCGACUACCGUAUGGGACCUGAACAUAAAUUUCCCACCGCGAUUUACGACUGCUGGGAUGCUGUCAAAUGGACUAUCAGCAACGCUCAAGUUCUAAACAUCGACCCGACCAGCGUCUCGUUUGGCGGGCUGUCGGCCGGCGGUCAAAUGUCUGCCGUUCUUGCCCAUUUUGCAAGAGAUGAGAACAUUCCAAUCAAGUUGCAUCUCAUGAUCGUUCCAGCGACCGACAUGCGAUAUUGCAGCCGCAGGAUCAAAGGGCUCAAUGAAAUCAACUCAGCUGCCAUCGUCAUCUCUGCUGUCGUCGUUGUCGUGGUCUCUAGUAUUCUCACCAUUGUUACGGUCACUGUCCGCCACGAAUAUUCUGACUAA